CGAGCCUUAAGGUAUAAGCAAUCUAAAACAAAUCAAAAUACAUAUAUUUUGGUCUCAUCCGUUCGCAAAACCCAAAUCAGCAAAAUACAGAGAAAGCUCAAACCCUUUGGUUUGAGUGACAUCUGGGAGAAACCACUGCACCAGAGUGGUGACUGCGCCCAAAGCCAAAACCCUGAGGUACUUGGAAUUUGAUUGGGUGGGAAGGUAACAUAUGUAUUGAUCUUUUUGGAACUGGUGAAGUGGAAUUGUUGGAAGGAUAGUUCAAUGGAUAGGGCAAUGAUGGUGAGGAGACCAAAGCACCUAGGUGGUUUUGAGGGAAACAGAAAAGAAUUUAGACCGUGGUCUGAUCUUCCAGUUGAUGUUUUGAAUAUAAUUGCUGAACGACUUGAUUUUAUUGAACAAUUAUACUUUCGUCUCGUUUGUAAGAAUUGGCGACAAUCUCAGGUUGUUCCACUUUAUAAGAAUCUUCCAUGGCUUAUGGAACACAGUUGGACUUAUGAUGACAAAAAUGUCAACAGUGUAUGUAGGUUUCACCUUCCAACUGACAACCGAAGUCAUGACACUUGCAACAAACUUCGGAGAGAAGAGUUGAAUGAUUUACAUGGUGCAGUCAUAUGUGCUUCAAGAUUUGGUUGGUUGCUUUUACAGAAAUCUACGUUGUCAUUCUUCUACAAUCCUUAUUGCAAGAGUAUAAUCAAACUACCUGAUCUUGAUAUUGGCUUCAAUCGAAGUACGUUUUCCUCAGUUCCAACUUCUCCUGAUUGUGUUUGCUUUGCAAUACAAAGUUCCAAAAACAGUAGCAAAAUGUUGCUAAGCACAUGUCAACCGGGUGAUCGCAAAUGGAGCAGCACAGUCAAAUUUGUUGGUCCUAAAAAGGCAGUUGAGGAUGUGGUUUACAGUAAUGGAACUUUUUACUGUGUUUUUAGUGAAGGAGCUUUGGGGGCCUUUUGUGUUGCAGACAGUGACUGGAGCUUGCUCACAGAUGUGGAUUUGAUUCCUGGGGAAAUGUUUUCAUCAAGGGCUCAUAUGGUAGAGUCUAAUGGUCAGCUCUGGUUAGUGUGUCCUUCUGGUUCUAAGUGCUUUAAAGUUUUCAAAUUUGAUUGGUUAGAAAAGACUUGGGAUAGGACGCAUGCAUUGGGAUGUCAAGCAUUAUUUCUCGGCUGUACCUCAUUCUCAGUUUCAGCAGAAGGAGAAACUUCGGGUUUUGCAGAGAGGAUUUAUUAUCACCGUGAUACUUACAGUUCCUAUUACUCAUUGGAGACUAAGCAAAGUUAUAAAUGUACGUUUUAUCCACGGGUUAAUAAACAUGGGCCUGAAAGAAUUUGGAUUCAACCUCCUAAGAUAUAGGUUCAAAUAGGUUAGACACCAAUUUGGAAAACAGGUCUAGCCAUUUAGUCAUCUUUCUUUUCUUGCACCAUGAAAUGGAAGAUUGUUUCCUAUUUGAUUUUGAAGUUUGAAAAACUAAUAUACUUUGGGGCACUAGUUUGAGUUCUAGCACUAUUAAGUGUAGAGGAUUUACUGCUCUUAUUUCCUUGAAUAACAAGCUGUUGGAUAAAAAGUUUGGAUAGAUUCUAUGGCAUCAUUAUAAUACUAUGACUUGUUAUUGUUA